UAGGGACGAGUAAUCUGAACGGACACGGAAGUGAUGUCACGCGUCGUGUCACCAUGGCUCCCGUAGCCUACCCGGAAGUGCGGCGCUGGCAGGGACUACGGAAACGGGGAUACUGAGUAAAGUGUCCGUUUAGAUCAGGCACUGAGCUCUGCCCGCAGCUCCCACAGGAUGGACUUCUCAAGGUUCCUCGCCGAUGACUUUGAGGUGAAGGACUGGGUGAAUGCUGCUUUUAAGUCUGUACAGAAAGAUGCUCCUGGGAAGGUGGACGCACAUGCGGCAACUCUGGUUAUGAAACUGCAGCUCUUCAUCCAGGAGGUGAACAACUCAGUUGAAGAGACCAGCCACCAGGCCCUGCAGAACAUGCCACGUGUGUUACGUGACGUAGAGGCUCUCCGGCAGGAGGCAGCGUUCCUGAAGGAGCAGAUGAUUCUUGUAAAGGAAGAUAUCAAGAAGUUUGAGCAGGACACAGCACAGUCAAUGCAGGUUCUAGUGGAGAUGGAUAAAGUAAAGACGCGCAUGCAGUUGGCUGCAGAUUCCCUUCAGGAAGCUGACAAGUGGAGUACACUCAGUGCAGACAUUGAGGAGACCUUCAAGACUCAGAAUAUAACUGUGAUCUCUGAGAAGCUGACCAGUAUGCAGGUGAGCCUCACUAUGCUGGUGGACACCCCAGAUUACUCCGAAAAGUGUGUAUACCUGGAGGCCCUGAAGAAUCGACUGGAAGCUAUGUGCAGCCCCCAGAUAGUUACAGCUUUUAAUAGUCAAUCUACAGACCAGGCAAAAAUGUUUGUGAAGGUAUUCAGCGAGAUCGACAGGAUGCCACAGUUGCUGGCAUACUACUACAAGUGCUACAAGGUUCAGCUGGUAUCAGUGUGGCAGGAACUUUGUCAGAGCGAGUUGUCCCUGGAUCGACAGCUGACAGAGUUCUAUGACACCUUGCUUAGUGCGUGGCACACACAGCUUCAGUGGGUCUCCCAGAUAUUUAAGAAGCCUCAUGAGGUGGUGACCGUCCUGCUGAUACAGACCCUCACCGCCAUGGUCCCAUCCAUCCCCAUCUGCCUGAGCACAGCCAUGGAGAGGACCAGCUCCGAGCAUAAGCUCAGUACUUUGCUGGAGCUUUUUCAAGCCACGGGUCACUUUGCUAAGGCUCUGGAAGCUGCCAUCAUGCCCCAUAUCGGAGAGCACAACAUUGUGAAGGUGGCAGAGCUAGUGGAUGCUGUGUACGGAGCGUACAAACCUUUCCAGCUGCAGUACGGGAGCCUGGAGGAGUCACACCUUCUAAUACAGCUCAGUGCUAUACCUCUGGAACAUGGCGAGGCUCUAGACUGCGUCCAGGAGCUCUCACACUCCGUGUCUCGGCUGUUUAGUCUGGCGUCGGGUGCUGUGGAGCGAUGCAUCAAAUUGACGGAUGGACUGGGGGUGUGCGGCCUGUUACAAGCACUGCAGUCAAUGUUUAAAAAAUAUGUGUCAGAUUUCACAAACACACUGCAGUCAAUAAGGAAGAAGUACAAGCUGGACAAUGUCCCUGCCGAUUCUUUGUUCCUGGAAGAUUGGACGGCCUUCCAGCAUUCAGUCAGGAUCAUAUCCACUUGUGGUGAAUUGUUACGGCAAUGUGGCGACUUUGAGCAACAGCUGGCAAGCCGGAUCCUGUCUAUAGCAAGUAAGCACCUGUCUGAGUCCUACAGUCCCCGCAGCCUGACCGGCAUGCAGGAAGCGACCGCCUCCGAGCGCAAGAGUUGCAAAAGCCCCUGGCAGGAAUACAAUUACCUCCAGAAAGGGGACCCAGCCGAGUAUGCCAGUCUGAUGGAGACAUUGUACAUGUUAAAGGAGAAAGGAGCAGUCAAUGCCAACCUUCUGGCUGCUGCCCGAUCUGACCUCACACGCCAGAACCAGGUAGCUCAUCAGCUGGCCUUUGACUCUGUCUUCUUAAAGAUAAAACAGCAACUUCUGUUGGUUCCCAAGAUGGAGAGCUGGGGAUUUGAAGACAACGGAGAGACAUUGACAGAGGAUUUGCCGACAUUUAGCCUCACUCCUCUAGAAUACAUCAGUAAUAUCGGUCAGUACCUCAUGUCUCUCCCUCUGCACCUUGAGCCCUUCGUAACCCCAGAAGACUCAGCCCUGGAACUUGCGCUGCAUGCCGGGAAGUUGCCCUAUCCUCCAGAACAAGGAGAAGAGACCCCAGAGCUGGACAACAUGGCCGAUUAUUGGCUGGGAUCACUAGCCAGGGCCACCAUGCAGACUUACUGUGACGUGAUCCUACAGAUCCCAAUCCUCACACUGCACUCCAGCAAGCAACUGGCAACCGAUAUAGAUUAUCUGAUCAAUGUCAUGGAUGCCUUGGGCCUGCAGCCAACCCGCACUUUACAGACAAUCGUCUCUCUCAUCAAAACCAAACCUGAAGACUUUAGACAAGCGGCAAAACCCGUAUCCAGGAAAAUUUCCUCUUCAAUCGCAGCAAUGAGAAGCAUUGAGUACUGAUGGACCUGACCCUCAGACGUGGUAUAGACACUCUCUGCUCUCUAGUGUCGGAUCUAAACCAGAUCCUGUAUAUCAGUGGUCUUCAACCUGCCGUUGGCUGUCAGGUCAUCCUAGGAGUUGUAGUUUUGCAACAUCUGGAGGUGCGCAGGUUGAAGACCACUGCUGGAAUCUAACGGAAGAAGGAGUCUGUAUUAAGGGCAAGUGCUCGUAGAGUUCGAUGACCGCCGUGGCAUAACACGUCUUUGUAUUAUGUGACAUCCUGUAAACUUUACUGCCAGAUAUAAAAAAAAAGCUGAAUAUAUUUAUUAGAAUCCGUCUGGGGCUAUACUGUAUU